AUUAUUUUAUUAGGUAGUAAUCUAAUAUUAAACAUUACAUUGUAAUUUAAUAUAAACAAACCUCUUCAAAAUUUAUUUUAUUCUAGUUUUAUAUUUAUGUAAAUUUUAACGUAAAUUAAUGCAAUACAGUACCGAAAAGGUUUAACUUUCUUAAUACUGCCAAAACGACUACCACACUUUUAUUCUUAUUCCAAAGUACAUUUAUUAAUUCCCUAAAUUUUCGCCUUUUCACUAGCUAAUGGCGUAAAAGUACACGUGAAAAAGUUCAUAUUUCCGCUCAUGAGUGACUUAAAUAAUCCUGUAAAAUACCUGUACAAUAACUGUACAAUAACCAGAAGUAACAUCAAUUCCGUAAACACCAAUCAUUUAAUCUUGUUGUUUGAACGUUUAACGAGAAUAAAUAAUACGAUAUGUGCAUGAAAUAGAAUACGCCCUUAAAAUCUUUAUAUUUAAGUCACGCACAUGCACGUAUAUCUUCAGCACUCAUUUGAAUACUCAUCGACAAAUUGUUAAUUUAAAUUAACGUAAAGAAUUCCAUCCUUCCCGUUCCGUGGCUAUGCCCAGACUGACUGAUGGAGACGAUAGCUGAAGCUAUAGAUUCAUUAAUAAUGCACCGCCAAAAUGUUCAGCGAAAAUGGCAACACUUUUCUCUCUGCGAUAAAUUUUUUUAGCAGUGCAAAAAAUGUCUACAAAUGUGCAUUUUCUAUGUGAAAUAUUCAACAAUUUUACUUUCUUUGUCUCUUUAUUAUGUGCAAAAGUUUUUAUCUUAUACGCAAUUGUAACAAUUCAUUUGCCAGCUCUUUAAUAGCAAAAUGAAGAAGAAUAUAAAACCAUAUAAAAAAGUACAGUUGUAUAUGUCGGUAAACUUCAAAUGCUCGUUUCACGAAUUUGCUAUUAUAAUUCAUGCAUUAUACCCUUUCACCAAAUGAAAACUUCAACGAGACGACAAUAGCAAAUGUUCUUUCUGGUUGUUGCAACAUUUAUGACCGCGCGAAGUAUCAUGUCUCAAGAAUUUCGUUAGAAAUAUGAAUUCUAGCAACCUUUAAGUGAGGAUAAUAUCAUUGAUGAAACAAAACCAGUAACGGUUUGAUCAAUGAAUCGUUCAAGCAAAUAUAAUGAUUUAGAAUGGGCGAUCGGUCUGCAUCGCUGUAUGUUAAAAAUUAUUGGUUUGUGGCCGCAACAAAGCAAAAAUCAGCAUAAAGAAUUCUUUUCGAAGUUUCGAAUGCUAUUUAAUGCUACGGCAAUAGUUUUGAUAUUAACAAUACCGGCUUUAGCUCAACUGAUAAAAGUAUGGGGUGACAUGAUCCAGAUAAUAGAUAAUUUACAAUUCACCUUGCCUAUUUUGGUAGCGACACUUAAAGUCUUCAUUAUGUGGUACAAGAAAAGAGCUUUAUUACUGUUGACUAAUAUGAUUAUAAAAGACUGGUCGCGAGUAAAAAUGGAUGAAGAGCGAAAUGUUAUGCUAAAGAAUGCCAGGAUUACUCGCUUAUUCGCCAAAAGCGGAAUAUUGAUUACAGUUCUCGCAGCGCUCAGCAGAAUCAGCUCUGUAUUUUUUAAACAAUACUUUGGUCAUGUGAGAAAUCUCACUAAUCUUGAAAGAUCUUUACCGAUUCCUGCGUACUACUGGUACGAUAUAUUUAGCAGCCCGAAAUACGAGCUAACAUAUUUCACACAAAUUAUCGGGAUGGCUGGAUGCGGUCUCACUUACAUCGGGGUCGAUAACUUUUUUGGACUACUGAUCUUACAUGUAUGUGGUCAGAUGGAAAAUCUGCAUUUGCGAUUAUUGCAUCUGGGGAAAGAUCCGGAUUUCAAAGCGGUUUUAAAGUACAACGUUAAAGACCACAUUCGCUUGAUCAGUUGCAGAUCUGUAGAAAUCAUUGAUGACGCAUUCAAUUUAUUGCUGCUCGGCAUGAUAGGUUAUUUUUGCAUAUUAUUCAGUCUUUUUGGAUUUCUAAUACUUACUACUGUUAAUCAAGAUACUCAAUUGUCGAUCGCACAAAUGUCUUGGUACUUUUCCGCGGGUGUAUCUCUUUUAAUGCACACUUGUCUUUAUUGUGCGGUAGGCGAACAUCUCGUGAAUCAAUGUGAAAAAAUACAUAGCGCUACGUAUGAAUGUAUAUGGUAUACUCUAGAGCCAAAAGCAGCAAGAAACUUGGCAGUAAUUAUGGUCUGUGCAAAGAAACCACUCAAUAUCACAGCGGGGAAAAUAUUCCCAAUGACAAUGUCUACGUUCUGCAGCUUAUUAAAAACGUCGGCGGGUUAUUUAUCUAUGUUACUUGCCGUUCGAAAUUAACAACGAAAAAGUAUAGGAUAAAUUGGUACGUCUUUUGUACAAUAUAUGGUAUUAUAAUGUAAAAAUAAAUUAUUUACAUAAAUA